AUGAUGGCCGUGGACACUGACGCCAGCAGAGCCUGGAAUCCACAAGGCAGUGCUUUCAAGGCUGUGUUCCUCAUCUUUGCAUCUGUGUGUGCCUGGUAUGCGGGGUACCUGCUAGCAGAGCUCAUUCCAGACGCAUCCCUGUCAAGCGCUGUCUAUAACCUCCGCAGCAUUGGAGAGAAGCCUGUCCUCAAAGCUCCAGCCCCCAGAAGGCAGAAGUGUGACCACUGGACCCCCUGCCCCGCUAACUCCUACGCCUACCGGAUACUCAGCGGGGGCGGCAAGAACAACUAUGCCAAGAUCUGCUUUGAGGAUGAGCUCCUCAUAGGAGAUAAGAUUGGAAAUGUUGCCAACGGAAUAAACAUUGCCAUUGUCAACUAUGUAACGGGGAAAGUGACAGCGACACGGUGUUUUGAUAUGCACGAAGGUGAUAACUCGGGAGCGAUGACAGCGUUUAUCCAGAGUGCUCCUCCCAAGUCCCUACUCUUCAUGGUGACCCAGGACGAUGGAAGCAGCAGAUUGAAGGACAGUGCCAAGAGCGCCAUAGAAGCACUGGGAAGUACAGAGAUCCGGAACUUGCAGUUCAGGGCGAGCUGGGCAUUUCUUGCAGCAAAAGGCUUUAAACUCCCUGCAGGAAUUCAGAGAGAAAAGAUCAACCUCUCUGAUGGUAAGAAGAACAGAUACUCCGGUUGGCCAGCAGAGGUCCAGAUAGAAGGCUGUGUGCCCAAAGAAGCAAGCUAG